AUGAGUGUGUCGCAGAUGGCAACGGAGCAUGUGAACGGAAACGGCACGGAGGAGCCCAUGGACACGGCGGCCAGCCGUUCUGAACACUUCGCUGCUCUGCUGGAGGCCGGCCUGGGCCAGACGGUGGCGGAGAAGCUGGAUGAACUCUACCUGGCUGGUCUGGUCUCUCACAGUGACCUGGAUGAACGGGCGCUGGAAGCCUUAAAGGAGUUCAACGAGGAGGGCGCGCUGCAGGUUCUGCUCCAGUUCAAAGAGAGCGACCUCUCCCAUGUGCAGAACAAAAGUGCCUUCCUGUGUGGCGUGAUGAAGACGUACCGACAGAGAGAGAAGCAGGGCACCAAAGUCACCGACUCCACCAAAGGACCGGACGAAGCCAAGAUCAGGGAGCUGCUGGACAGAACCAGGUACACACUGGACGUGACCACCGGACAGAGGAAGUACGGCGGUCCCCCACCUGACACGGUCUACUCUGGAGUCCAGCCCACACUUGGCACGGAGAUCUUCAUUGGGAAGAUUCCUCGUGACUUGUUUGAAGACGAACUGGUUCCCCUCUUUGAGAAGGCCGGGCCCAUAUGGGACCUGCGACUGAUGAUGGACCCUCUGAGUGGCCUGAACCGCGGCUACGCCUUCGUCACCUUCUGCACGAAAGACGCGGCGCAGGAGGCCGUCCAGCUGUGUAACAACCACGAGAUCCGACCCGGCAAACACAUUGGCGUCUGUAUAUCUGUCGCCAACAACCGACUGUUUGUGGGCUCCAUCCCCAAAAGCAAGACCAAGGAACAGAUCGUGGAGGAGUUUGCCAAAGUCACAGAGGGCCUCAGCGACGUCAUCCUCUACCACCAACCGGACGACAAGAAGAAGAACCGCGGCUUCUGCUUCCUGGAGUAUGAAGACCACAAGACGGCGGCGCAGGCUCGGCGGCGCCUGAUGAGCGGGAAGGUGAAAGUGUGGGGCAACAUCGUGACGGUGGAGUGGGCCGACCCCAUCGAGGAUCCUGAUCCGGAGGUCAUGGCAAAGGUGAAGGUGCUGUUUGUGCGGAAUCUGGCCAACGGCGUGAGCGAGGAGCUGCUGGAGAAAAGCUUCAGUCAGUUUGGCAAGCUGGAGCGAGUGAAGAAGCUGAAGGACUAUGCCUUCGUCCACUUCGAGGAGCGCGACAGCGCCGUGAAGGCGCUGGAGGAGAUGAACGGGGCGGAGCUGGAAGGCGAAGCCAUCGAGAUCGUAUUCGCCAAGCCUCCAGACCAGAAGAGGAAGGAGCGCAAGGCUCAGCGCCAGGCCGCCAAGACCCAGAUGUAUGACGACUACUACUACUACGCCCCCUCCUCGCACAUGCCGCCGCCGGGCCGAGGGCGGGGUCGAGGUGCCAACCGCGGCGGCUACUCCUCCUAUGCGCCAGACUACUACGGCUACGAGGAUUACUAUGACUAUUACGGCUACGACUACCACAACUACCGCGGCGGUUACGAAGACCCGUACUACGGCUACGAUGACUUCCAGACCUCCAGCAGGGGGCGCGGCGGCAGAGGGACUCGUGGCGGAGCUUCACCAGCCCGGGGACGCGGCGGUGCCGGAGUGCCUCGAGGUAGAGCCAGCUUCCCUCAGCGUGGCGUUCCGGGAGCGGUCCGAGGAGGCCGGGGAGCCAGAGGAGGCAUGCCACCGCGAGGGCGAGGAGGGGUACGUGGUGUUCGGGGCGGCCGCGGUGGAAAUGUAGGAGGAAAGCGCAAAGCUGACGGGUACAACCAGCCAGAUUCCAAGCGCCGGCAAACCAAUAAUCAGAACUGGGGCUCUCAGCCCAUCGCUCAGCAGCCGCUGCAGGGCGCCGAUCAUUCCGGCAACUAUUCUGGGUACAAAUCUGAGAGCCAGGAGUUUUAUCAGGAUUCUUUUGGGCAGCAGUGGAAGUGAACCCCUAGCUCCUCCUCCUUUUCUCUCUUUUUUUUUUUUUUUUUUUUUUUUUUGUGUCUUGAUGUAGAGACUUGAUCUGAUUGGCUGAGCGGAGCGGCGGCACACACUCUUGUACAUAUUUUAAUACUGGCUUGGACUCACACACUCCAGCAGCUCGUUUUUAAGACCCUGCCUCACAUUUUAAAUCCCCCUUUAGAUUUUGUGCCCGAACUUUGGCGUCAUGCCGGUGUGAAGAAACGACACUUGUAUUCCACAGCCAGGACCAUUUGGACUUUUGUAUGGCCGUGUUCUUUUGUUGGCAAGAGGAACCUCAGUCCACUCUGGCUUCUACCUUCUGGCUUGUAUCUGCUGUUUGUCUGCUCUAAUAAACGCACACACUCGUGUACGAAAAACCACAACACUGUGUUGCACAUUCAUGUUUCGGCAAAUGCUCUUUCAAAUUCCUUCAAAUUAAAAGCUCCUUGAGGAGGAAGUAGGACCAAGGUUUGCCGAAGUCGGCCUCGCUGUGGCGCCGCCGCCGUGCAUGCGGUCACGCUGUCUGUGACAUCACCGCCAUGACUCCAGCCCUAGUCAUCCGACACUUGGACUCGUCACUGGUGCUCACUAACCCCGCAUGCUCACCUGCUUGUCGCUACAGCCACGCCCCCUCGCACCUCCUCCCUCCCCUCUCCACCCCAUCCCUGCUGGUCCAGAUCUGCUCGUGCAUGUCGCUCGCCGUCGCUGUGCUGAUGUGUGUGAUGACGCUCGGUGGCCACCUGGUUUCUAACUGCUUCUUCUGUUACCUGGCUAGCAGGGGCAGGGGGUCCCCACUGGUCCCAACACAUCUCCGUGAAGAGCCAAGCCCGUCUGGCGUCGCUGGCUGCAGGUGGACGGACAGACCGACGGACCGACGGCCGGAUGGUAAGACCGGUUCCGACACUGUGACUCUAACUCCGGGUUCUU